CAUCAGGCAGAGGAAGGAGCCCAGUUUCUAAAGGAAAUCUGAACUCUUUUGGCUUUCAUUCUCCUCAAAUUUCUGAGCAUCUAUUUUAAAUACCCUUCAAGUAACUUGGACAGGGAAGCUGGAUGUGCAGUCUCUGAGCAGGGGGAAGGUGAGGAAUCAAUCUCAAAUUACAUCACUUUUUCCAGUUACAGAAGUUUCUGCAGCAAUGCUACAUAAAGAGAGCAAAUAGAGGUCUCUCUUUUUUUGCCAUGUCCGCUGACAGCCACCAGCUCCACACUUACUCAUACCAGGACUCGCUAAGUUCUACUUGUCAUGGUCUCUUGAAUGUCAAUAGUCACCUGCUGUCUAAGAGCUCCUCAAAUCUGUCUUGCACUGGUCAGUCAAGUUCAGAGGCAAGGCAAAAGGGCAAACAGGAGCUGAAGAAGAGCCAUAGUAGUACCAUCUGCCAUACUCUGGGCAGUAGGAGUGAUGCAAAGAGUGUGCGGAGUCCCGAGUGGUCCUGCUCACAACCUGGGAUGAUGGGACUUGGAUCAGCGGUCCAGACUGUAAGUGACCAGUCAGCCAAUGACAAUUCACAGAGCAGAACUAAGACUACAAACCAUUUCCUUAUUGCUCAACAUUCCCCACCAUCCUGGGAAGUGGGAGACACUAAGAUGUGUGUAAAGAGCAGCACUGUUGAGAAUGUUUCUUCAGCCUGCAUUGCCCAGCAGCAAAGCACAUGUAAAAUGGAAGAACCAGGAACUACUCUUCAGAGAAGCCACUCAGACCUCACUUGCAGUUGCAAACAGCAGACGUAUGCCACUCCUAUGGAAACCAGUGCUACUCACAACAGCCUCAGCCCUUCUAGCUGCACCCAUGGUCCACCAGUGGCUAGGAUGUCUUUCCAGAGAGAGGGAUGUGGGUCAGAAACAAAUGAAAAUACAUCUCACUGUCAAAACCUUGUGACUCAUCUUCCAGUUCUACCUAGAGAUGGAAAAGUACCCACUAAUAGCUUUGACAACAGUGGUAUUCCAUGUAACACUACUGUUUACACAGACCCUGGAACAUUUCACACUGCUGUUCUAGGACCCCACGUGCCUGGAACUGGUUUCUCAAACAGGACAAUGUUCAGCCAGGCCACUGGGAUUAUUCAUGGUGGUCUGACUUACAGUAAUAGUCCAAACUCUGCAUACUCCCCCGUGGUGAUGACAGUUCAUAACAAUUCUGCAGGACCCUGCAAUGUAAGGCAGGACCCUUGUAUGAAGGUAGAUGCCACCAUCCCUGCUUAUUGCCAUUCUUUGCCCAUACCAUCUAUACAACUUAUUCCACGGUUGGUGUGCUCGGUUAGUGAGUCAGGAAAAGAGCAAGCAGCACCUGGCUAUUUUCAUUCAUUUUCUACUUCAGACAUUCUGAUGUAUCCUAAGCUGGUGUCUUCAGUAAGUGAAUCAGGCCUGGAUGCCAAGAGAGUCCUGAAGUGUUGUAGCAUUCCUGGAGAACAAUUGCAAUGUGCUCAACUCUGUGCUCAGCAGGAAAGCACUCCUGCAGAAACAAAGGCUGUCUGUGUUGCCUUGAGUAGCCAGCAAGGUGCAGACAUGGUGACAACUAAGGAUAUGUGGACUAUGACUUCUAUGAAUGAUUUAACCAAAGGACUGAGACCAGCUCUUGAGCGCAGAGAUGCUGAGGUACAAACUCUUCCAACCAUGGAAUGCAAAUCUGUGGCAACAAGCCCAGCGGUGGCAGUAGAAGGACACUCACAUGUGUUCCCAGAGGUAAACCUGGAGCAAGAUUCGGAGGCCCCCAAAUCUCCAGUACGUGAAGUGAGGUGGGAUGAUGAAGGAAUGACAUGGGAAGUGUAUGGGGCAUCUGUGGAUCCAGAAGUCCUUGGGUUAGCCAUUCAAAAACAUCUUGAGAUUCAAAUAGAACAGUUCCAGACAGAGCCUGAUCAGCCUGCAAGGAAAAGUACUGAGGAGCCCUCUUCUGAUAAAAUGGGCAAAAAAAGGCCAUUCAGAACAAUGAUGCAUUCCCUGAGAUACCCCAGCUGCUGUGCUCGUUCCAGCACUGCAGUGGAGUGAGCACAGCUCUGGGGUGUAGGACAACAGUGCUGCUUUGAAACUGUAAAUAACUGCUGGCUCUGGAGUGUUGACACAGUACAUGGGGACAGUCCGCUGCAGGAUAAGUGCCCAGAUGGAGUGUGGAGUCUCCUUCUCUGGAGACAUUCCAAACCUACCUGGAUGAGUUCCUGUGUGACCUACUCUAGGUCGUCCCAGUCUGGCAGGGGGGUUGGACUGGAUGAUCUUUGGAGGUCUCUUCCAGCCCUUACAACUCUGUGAUUCUGUGUAAAGGUCAGUGACCAUCAAAUACACACCAAAGCAAGGUAAAACCCAUGGUUGGGCCAUGUAGCAGAAGACAUAAGGUGUACCUGCAUCAUGCCAUCUGAAUGCUCUUGACUGGAUUUAACGUAGCACUCUUUUAUUCUUCUGUUAGUUCUAAAUCCUCUUGUAAGGAGUGAGGCUUAUUUUGUAAAUGAUGCCUGUUUUUAAAAUGAUGAUGACUUUUUUUCUGUAUUUUAAUAACUUGGGGCUAGAAAACAAAGUUAGAAAAUGGAUCUUUAAUCAAAGUUCUUAGCUUUCAAUUCCACUCCCUUAAAUUGUUCUGGGAGCUGUUUUGCUGUUAAUAUAUAAUAAUGGUGACUA